CACAGACCCCACCAUGCAAAAUACUGGGGAGGGCAGCCAAGCCCAGCUUCUAUCAACAUGGAGACAUCAACAUCGGCGGGGACUUUGCCCUUCACAGUGAAACCACAAAAAUGAACAUGCAAUUCACUAGGACACCAGAGCCAAUGAAAUGUGUACGAGUUCAUUUCAAAGGCUUCCAAGUGGCCCAGACCAUGAUCUUCGCCAUUGAAGAAAUAAACAACAGAACUGACCUCCUCCCAGGUGUAUCUCUUGGAUAUAAGAUAUAUGAUUCCUGCGUCUCGACAAUAUUCUCUCUAAGAGCAGCCUUGGCUCUGAUGAACGGUUAUGAGGAAACACUGACUGACACAUCAUGCUCCACACCAGCUGUUGUACAGGCUAUUAUUGGGGCGUCCAUUUCGACUACAGCCAUUGCAAUCGCAGGAACUGUUGGAUUAUUUCAUAUUCCACUGAUCAGUCACUUUUCAACAUGUGCAUGUCUGAGCAAUAGAAAAAAGUUCCCCACAUUCUUCAGAACCAUUCCCAGUGAUUAUUACCAGAGCAGAGCACUGGCUCAGCUGGUGAAGCACUUUGGCUGGACCUGGAUAGGAGCAGUGAGAGAUGACAAUGACUAUGGCAACAAUGGGAUGGCUAUAUUUAUGGAAGCUGCUCAACAAGAAGGAAUUUGCAUUGAGUAUUCUGAAAAAUUCCGCUUAACAGAACCAGAAAAACUACUGAAGGUUGUAGAUGUUAUCAGAAAAGGUACUGCAAAAGUAAUUGUAGCAUUUCUUGGUGAGAAUGGAAUGAUCAAAUUAUUGGAGCAGCUGACCUUUCAGAAUAUUACUGGUCUCCAAAUGGUUGGCACUGAAAGCUGGAUAACAGCAAACAGUCUAGCGUCACCAAGCGGUUUCAGAACAUUGCGAGGAUCUAUCGGCUUUGCCGUCACCAAAGGCAAAAUAAAUGGCUUCAAAGAAUUUAUAUUAAAACUUCAUCCAUCCCACUACCCAAAUAAUACCUUUAUCACAGACUUUUGGGAAGCCGCGUUUCAGUGUUAUCUAAGAAAUGGAGAUGACAAGCCUCACAUAGUUCCAUGCACUGGAUCUGAGAGCUUGAUUCAACUGGAAAAUGAAUACACGGAUGUAUCUGAGCUGAGACUCUCCAACAAUGUUUACAAAGCAGUAUACGCUGUUGCUCAUUCUCUACAUGACCUGCUGGCAUGUACACCCCAUCAAGGCUGUACAAACAGCGUGAAAACAGAACCCUGGCAGGUACUUAGGGCUCUGGAAAAAGUUAAUUUCACUUUGGGAACUGGAGAGAAAGUCACUUUUGACAGUAAUGGAGAUCCGGUAGCCAGAUAUGAGGUGGUGAACUGGCAGCUUGGUCCUGAUGGUGCAGUAAAGUUCACAGUGGUUGGCUACUAUGAUGCUUCUUUACCACCUGGGCAGCAGUUUGUGAUGAGUCCUGCUAGUAUAGUUUGGGCAGGUGGGAAAAAAGAGAAACCCAGGUCAGUGUGCAGUGAGAACUGUUCCCCAGGGACCCGGAAGGCUGUGCAGAGAGGAAGGCCUGUCUGCUGCUAUGACUGUGUGCCCUGUGCUGAGGGAGAAAUCAGCAGCAUUACAGAUUCUAAUGACUGUAUUCAGUGUCUGGAAGAAUACUGGUCUAAUGAUAAAAGAGAUAAAUGUAUUUUAAAGGUUGUCGAAUUUCUGUCUUUUCAAGAAAUUAUGGGGAUUGUGCUUGUAAUUUUUUCCAUAUUUGGAGCAUGUGUUACGACAUUUGUGGCCGUGCUGUUCUUUAAAAUGAAGGACACGCCCAUUGUGAAAGCCAACAAUUCAGAGCUGAGCUUCCUGCUGCUCUUUUCAUUGAAACUGUGUUUCCUUUGCUCUCUUACCUUCAUCGGCCGGCCCACUGAGUGGUCCUGUAUGUUACGCCACACUGCGUUUGGGAUCACCUUUGUCCUCUGCAUCUCUUGUGUUCUGGGGAAAACAAUAGUGGUGUUAAUGGCCUUCAGGGCUACACUUCCAGGCAGUAAUGUGAUGAAGUGGUUUGGGCCUCUGCAGCAGAGACUGAGUGUUCUUGCUUUCACUCUCAUACAGGUCCUUAUUUGUGUGCUUUGGUUAACAAUAUCCCCUCCGUUCCCCAACAAGAACAUGAAGCACUACAAAGAAAAGAUCAUUCUAGAAUGCGAUUUAGGAUCAGCAGUGGGGUUCUGGGCUGUGCUGGGUUAUAUUGGGCUCCUCUCUAUAUUAUGCUUUGUUUUAGCUUUUCUGGCCCGUAAGUUGCCCGAUAACUUCAAUGAAGCCAAAUUCAUCACAUUCAGCAUGCUCAUAUUCUGUGCAGUCUGGAUUACUUUUAUACCAUCUUAUGUCAGCUCACCUGGAAAGUUCACUGUAGCUGUGGAGAUCUUUGCGAUUUUAGCUUCUAGUUUUGGCUUGCUAUUCUGUAUCUUUCUUCCAAAAUGUUAUAUAAUAUUAUUCAGACCGGAGCAAAAUACAAGAAGACAUUUAAUGGGUAAAAAAGAUGUGAAAUCUCAGUGA